AACAGGAAUGCUUUAUUAGAGCUAAAUCCUUCUGGGUCUGAUCUGAUUUUAACCUCUUAUUUCAGUUUUCUGACUCAUUUUGGCUAUAUGGUUAUACCCAUACCAGUUCACUUGGGUAUGUGUAAUUGUGUGUGUGUGUAUGUAUGUAAGUGUGUGUGAGUGGAUGUAUCCGUUUAAACUGUUGAUGUUAUAGAGUGUAGUCCCUGCCUUGCUGUCCACUUUUUUAUUUUACUGCAUUGUAGUUGAAUUACUUAUUUUAUUUGACAUAGUUGCAGUGUUACAGUCACAUCAGUUCAUAGGUGUGUAUGUGUGUGUACAAGUGUGUGUCCACGCGUGUGUGAGUUGGUGUGUUGAUUUUACACUCUAGACGUUUUAGUUUCCCCCCUUUAUUGCUGUGCAAUUUUUUCUGCAUUUGUAGACUGCACACACAACACUUUUCUGUAUUCUCAAUGUAUUUUUUUCCCCAUUACUUAUGUUCGGUAAUUUUUUACCAAAGACCAUGAGUGUGACCACUUUGUUUUAUAUAGUUUCCGUUGGUUUCCAUGAAACUCUGUUUCUUAAGAUAAAACAUUUUACAUAAUAAAAUGAAGAGUUUUUCCACAGCCAUAUGUUUGCACAUGACUAAAUGAGCAACUUAUGAUAUGCACUGGUGAGGGCGGGAUUCACUUCUGUGUGCAGUAUGAAGCAUUAAACCUGAAAGAUUUAAAAGAUUCACACAUUAUCAAACCAGCUGAGCACAACAGACAGACUGUAAUCUCACAGGCGUCUUUCUAGAUCUCCUGAUAGCACUGGCCGCUUCAUUCCCGAGCGUCGUGUAGAAAUGGAGGGGACUGUAGAAGGCUGUCUGGGUGUAAUAUACGAUCUGCUGGUGGUAAUAUGUGUCGGGGUGCUGCUUCUGCGGGGUGCUGAGGGCCGCUCGGUGAGGUGGUUGGGGUUGCUCGGGGUGUCUGGGGUGAUGUUGAGCUGCUUGGUCCAUUCCAUCGCCCUUAAACUGGGGAUUGUGAGUGUGCUGUGCAGUGUCAUCCACUAUGUAGGGAGAGAAGAGGUCAUGUUGCCAACUCAAAACAAGGCAGUACUCAUCACAGGUUGUGAUUCGGGUUUUGGUCAUGAUCUGGCCAGGUUUUUGGACAGCGCUGGGAUGAGGGUGUUUGCAGGGGUUCUGGAUGAACGCAGUCCUGGAGCUCUGAAGCUGAAGAAAGAUGCAUCUCAAAACAUCACUGUCCUACAGAUAGACAUCACCGACAGCAGCCAGAUCACACAGGCACAUCAGUACAUCCAGAGGCAAACUGGCAAAACAGGACUUUGGCCACUUGUGAACAAUGCUGGAGUGCUGGGAUACGUCUGCGAUGGAGAAAUUCUGCCAAUCAAAAUGUAUAAAAAAGUCCUAGAUGUGAAUUUUAUUGGUAGUGUGGAGAUGACUCAAGUCUUUCUGCCUCUGAUAAGACAAUCAAAAGGACAACUCAUCAGUAUAGCCAGUAUGGCAGGAGAAGUUCCACUUUCUGGAUUCGCAGGAUAUGGGGCGUCUAAAGCAGCGCUGAUCUCCUUCAGUGGAGCGAUGAGACAGGAACUCUCACGCUGGGGAGUCAAAGUCAUCAUCAUUCAACCGGGAGCUUUCAAAACAAAUAUUUUGGGCAACAGAGAGCAGUGGAUUAGUGCUCAGGAGGACAUCCUCAGCGGUUUGGCUCAGGAAGUGAUGGCGUCUUAUGGAGAAGAAUACAUCCGCUCAAUGCAGCAGCGGCUGGUCAACAUGUCUUCAGUAUCAAGCUCAGACACACGGCCGUUUCUUGAGGCUUUAAAGCAUGCCAUACUGUCCCCGAGACCAAAGCCCUUCUACUACCCCGGGGCCUCUGCGUGGGCUCUUCCCUUUCUCUACAGACACGGCCCCACUUCACUGUCUGACCGAGUCCUCUCACAAGUCUUUCUGAGCAGUGAUGAGCAGCCAGCAGAACUCUUGCACGCUUGAGUUGUGAUUGUUUACUAAUACUAAUAGACUUGCACACUUAACAUUUACAGGCCUCAUUUGACUUUCUGUGAACAAUUUAGGUGAGCAAAUAUUGAAAUCUUAUCCAUUUUUAAUAAAGCACUGGU